AUGACUUCUCUCCAAAAACAGCAAUCACCAAAGCAGCAAUCACCACCGCAGGAGCGACCAGAAAAACAAAAGCAGCAUAAGGAGGUGCAUCGGAAAGAAGCACCACACCUAGGAGCAGAUUGGGCCUUGGCAUCUACCAGGGCUUCACCCUACUCUGCUCUCUUUUCCCAUUUGUUGGUUUUAAAGUCUUCCUUGUCUUCUUCCUCGUCGCCUCUCCCUCUUUUCAAUGAUGAGGCAUUUCCUCCAACCCCAUAUAGAGGUCCAGUUGACGCAACUCCUCAACGACCUGCUGUUGCUAUUGUUGGAACUCCUUUACCUGGGGUUGAAGUUCUAGCUGCUGUUGCUGCACCGGCUGCUUCUGCUGCAGUUGCUAAUCUUACUGCUGCCACUGCUGUUCUCGCUACUGUUCUCGCUGCUGCUCUUGCAGCUUCUGCCUUCAGCUGCUUAUCUGCUGACUUAGUAGUUUUCUUGUGCCUUUUUCUUCCGCUUUUUUCUUCUGUAAGUGUCGUUCUUUUUCUUUUUUUCUUAUAUUCAUAUACAUACAAAUACAAACAAAACAUUUGCAUACACUCCCACUAUCUAUCUAUCUAUCUAUCUAUCUAUCUAUCUAUGUAUCUAUCUAUCUAUCUAUCUAUCUAUGUAUCUAUCUAUCUAUCUAUCUAUGUUAUUCUUAUCUAUCGAAGAUGA